UGGCUUCCGCCGCGCUUGGCGAGAAGUGUCGCCGUUCCUGCCGUCUGACUUCUCGCCUCGACCCGACUCUUGGCCGAACCCGAACCUCGCCCUUUUGCUCUUUCGUCGCCCGACAGACAGACAGGCACGCACGCACGCACGCACGCGGGGUGCUAGGCUAGGCCUCCCUUGAACCCAGUAAACCGAUCCGAGAGAGGUGCAAGGGCCAGAACAUGGCGGACCGUAACCGCGAGCCGCGAGACUACGAGGAUGCCGAGGCAUCGCUCGACCCGGAGCUGCUAUACACCAAGGAAUACUGCAUUGGUACGUCGUCUCCCUGUCUGGCCGGCCGGGGCCGCAUGCCGUGUCCUGUAGGAGCGGGUCUUGCUGACUAUAGGGAACAGGUGGAGGCAGCUUUGGCAAGGUCUACAAAGGGUAAAUACAAUCCGUGAUCCGUACAUGUCCAUGCCCGUCCCAGGCGGGCAGCCACCGCUCGUCCCCUGUUUGCUAACAUCUGACAACACAAACAGCGUCGACAAACGGACUGGCCAGGCAGUGGCAAUCAAAAUCAUCGACAUAGAAAGCGCUGAGGAUGAGGUCGAAGACAUCAUCCAAGAGAUCGCCAUCCUGUCCGAGCUGCAGUCCCCCUACGUCACAAAGUACUAUGGGUCUUAUGCCAAGGGCGCCGAGCUCUGGAUAGUCAUGGAGUUCUGCUCGGGUGGCAGCUGUGCCGACCUCAUGAAGCCCGGCCUUAUCGGAGAGGACUACAUCGCCAUCAUCGUGCGCGAGCUGCUCAUGGGGCUCGACUAUCUGCACUCCGACAAGAAGCUGCAUCGCGACGUUAAAGCUGCCAACGUUCUGCUCUCGUCUAACGGACAGGUCAAGCUGGCAGACUUUGGCGUCUCCGGCCAGCUCUCGGCCACCAUGACCAAGAAGAACACGUUCGUCGGCACCCCCUUCUGGAUGGCCCCUGAAGUGAUCAAGCAAAGUGGCUAUGAUCACAAGGCCGACAUCUGGUCCCUGGGCAUCACGGCCCUGGAGCUGGCAAACGGCGAGCCCCCCUACGCCGAUAUUCACCCCAUGAAGGUGCUGUUUUUGAUCCCCAAGAACCCGCCCCCGCGCCUCGAGGGAAACUUCACCAAGGCCUUCAAGGAGUUCAUCGAGCUGUGCCUGCAGCGAGACCCUAAGGAGCGUCCGCCAGCAAAGGAGCUGCUCAGGCACCCGUUCAUCAGGCGAGCUAAAAAGACGAGCUACCUGACGGAGCUGAUCGAGCGCUACAACCGCUGGUGUGUCACGCACAAGCAGGACGACGAGGAGAGCCUCAGCGGCGACGAGGCCAACUACGUCGAGAGCCGAAACCCCGUCGACGAGGACAUGUGGGACUUUGGCACGGUGCGCUUGGUCGGCGGCGCCGGCGGCGUCGUCCACAGAGCUGGCAUGCUGAACGCCAUGGACGAGUCGGCAACCAACGCGAGAUCCACCCGGACGAGCGAGAGCUCAGACGACUACGGCGAGAGACGACGGGAGCAGAGCCCUGCGAAAUUUGCUGCGGAUGCCAAGGACACGCUCAAGCCGUCAGUGGGCAUGGCCGGGACGACGGGCACAUCAAGACAAGUAUCGCCGCAGCGGAAGCCCGUGCCGUCAUCUUCUGCGCUGCCGCCGUCACCGGGCAAGGCCCCGCUCCCACGAGAGCCCGAGAAUCCUCGCCCUAAUCUACUCCAGAAACCAAUGCCAUCCGUCGCGGUGGGCAACUCGCCCGACUACGACCGUUUCUUGCAAGAGCAACUCCGGCGGGACGUGGGACAGAUGAAUCUGGGCCCGGCCGUACAGAGCAGUGCGGAGGCUGGACUAAGAGCCCUGCAGCAAACCCCCUCGCUGCAGUCCAGAUCGUCGACAUCGUCCCGAAUCGCGCCCAUGAAGCUGCCCGAGAUUCCGCCCUUCAGGGGCCAGCAGCAGCAGCAGCAGCAGCAGCCACCCCUGCAGAGAGUCACAAACCAACAGCAACCACUGCAGAGCAAAAUGCUGCCCAAGCAGCCGCUCUAUAGCCAAGGCGCACAGGCACAGCUCUCGUCGCAGCAGCCGUUCCCGCAGCCACCUCAGAUCCCUUUGCAUAAACUUGGCUACGGCAACCAGAACAUACCCCCUCUGGUGUCCAAAGAGCUUCCUCGAAACCCGUCCUCGUCAACCCCCGAACCGGGCGGAACGCCCCUCUCCUUCCCAUCGCCCGCUCCGGCGAACCCGAACGGCGACCUCGACGCGCUCAACGAUGUGAUAUUCCCUGCGCUCGAGGAAGCCCUCAAGCGGCGGCAAGUCCGGCUGCAGCAGCUCUACCGGCCCGAGCCUGGCGGCCCCGUGCCUCCCGUAACCCCCAAGCAGCAGCGGUCCGAGGCGGCGCAUGACAGGAUACGCAAGCUCGUCUACAAGCUAGCCCACGUCUGCAAGGAGAUCGACCACUAUGACAAGGCCGAGCCAGUUGGCAUGGGCAAAGACGUCGGCACCUUUUUGGAGGGGCUGCUCGAGGAGAUCUUGGUGCGCGUCGAGCCGCUGGACGAGGAGGAGGCUACUAUUUGAGGCUGCUAUUUGAGGCCGCUUCUCGCUCUGUGGCCGAGGCUGUCACGUUGAGCGGGACCUGGCCGCAAUAUUCUUGCUUCUGCCGAACGGCGGCGGCAGACGAGCUGAUGCGCGCGAUAU